AUGAUUCAUGCUUGUCAGGAGAUUUAGUAGUAGUGUCAUAGUAAAAUAAAUUCAUGUUUCUUUGGUGAUUCCGUCAGAUAAAACAAACAGUUACUAUUGUCAAAAACACGACCAUCAAGACGUUAUGAAUCUACGUUUGCAAUUUCUGAGAAUUUGAAACAAAUUUCUGAGUCUGGACUACAAAGUUUUAAAUCUCCAUUAUGAUUAUGAUGAUGAUACAAGACAUAUAAUUUCCUACUUAUAAAAGCUGAUCGUUCAGGUAAAAAGAGAUAGAAAAUAUCUAGGAAUACAGUCUGACUUUUAAUCUUAAAAAUUAUUUUGGACAAAGGCUUUUAUUCUACAAGUAGACAUACAGAUAACUAUUUCAUCAAUAUCGAGUCAUAAAUGUUAUGAUCAUUCCAGCUAGUAGGUCCUCUUUGUAAUUAUGUAGGACAAUACCAAAUGCAGCUUUAAAAUUGAAUGCUAUGCAAACACAGGUAACCGAAUAACUUCAGUAAACAGUAAAUUGUUUUCUGUCUAAAAAGUACUCAUUAAACUCUAGUAAAUGUAAAUGAAUUUGAAUAAAAUUAAUCGCACAAGUCACGCAACUACUAGAUUCCGAAUUGCUUCAUGCAACUCAAGGAUAAGAGCAGAUCGUAAAAUUUGUACCAUUUCUGAAACCAAAAAUAGUAAAACUGGUUAAAUUCUAAAAAAUGAAGUAUGA